UUACAAUCUUGCUUUUAGGUUCCACUGGAGAACUGUUUAAACCAGCGGAGCGACUAAUUUGUGACUCUUUUCCUUUGGAAAAUUUGUUCCUGCGUCUUGAGCUUUACUUUAACGCGCAGAGACUCUAUCAGGUGCGGAAAUAACGCUUGAAGAAUGAUCCGCGGAGUGACACGGGGCGUGGAAACAGCAAAACUCAAAGGUCAAAAUGGUGGUUGAAAAGCUGAGAUCCAUGAAUAUUGGGUAGAAUUCAGCCCGGACAUGGAGUCGGCCUCUGACGACUUCCUCCCGCCGCCGGAGUGCCCGGUGUUCGAGCCCAGCUGGGCGGAAUUCCGAGACCCACUUGGCUACAUUGCAAAAAUCAGGCCUAUUGCAGAAAAGUCUGGAAUUUGCAAAAUCCGUCCACCCGCGGACUGGCAACCUCCUUUUGCAGUAGAAGUUGACAACUUCAAAUUUACUCCCCGCAUCCAGAGGCUAAAUGAACUAGAGGCUCAGACCAGAGUGAAACUGAACUAUUUGGAUCAGAUUGCAAAAUUCUGGGAAAUUCAAGGUUCCUCACUAAAGAUUCCCAAUGUGGAACGGAGGAUUUUAGACCUCUACAGCCUUAGUAAGGUUGUGAUGGAGGAAGGUGGCUACGAAGCCAUCUGCAAGGAUCGUCGGUGGGCCAGAGUUGCCCAGCGUCUCAACUACCCACCAGGCAAAAACAUUGGCUCCUUGCUUAGAUCUCACUAUGAACGUAUCAUUUACCCCUAUGAAAUGUUUCAGUCUGGAGCCAGUCUGCAGUGUAAUACACAUCCUUUUGACAGUGAGGAAAAAGACAAGGAAUAUAAACCCCACAGCAUCCCCCUUAGGCAAUCUGUGCAGCCUUCAAAGUUCAGCAGCUACAGUCGAAGGGCAAAAAGACUACAGCCAGAUCCAGAGCCCACAGAGGAGGACAUCGAGAAGAAUCCAGAAUUAAAAAAGUUACAGAUAUAUGGUCCAGGCCCCAAAAUGAUGGGGUUGGGCCUCAUGGCUAAGGAUAAGACUCUACGGAAGAGAGGUAAAGAAGGAGUAAUGUGCCCCCCUUUUAUUGCAAUGAAAGAAGAACCCAGUAGUGAUGGGAAAGGGGCAUCAGUAUUACCCAAGGAAGACUUGAGUCACAGUGUAGAGUCCUGCACCAAGAUGACCAUGCAGCUGCGGAAGAAUCACAGAAGUGCUCAGUUUACUGAAUCAUAUCUUUGCCGAAUAUGCUCCCGAGGGGAUGAAGAUGAUAAGCUUCUGCUAUGUGAUGGCUGUGAUGACAAUUACCAUAUCUUCUGUCUAUUGCCACCGCUUCCUGAAAUCCCCAAAGGGUUUUGGAGAUGCCCAAGGUGUAUCUUGGCGGAAUGCAAGCGGCCCCCUGAAGCUUUUGGCUUUGAGCAGGCUACCCAGGAGUAUACAUUGCAGAGUUUUGGUGAGAUGGCUGAUUCCUUCAAGGCUGACUACUUCAACAUGCCUGUACAUAUGGUACCUACAGAACUUGUGGAAAAGGAAUUCUGGAGGCUGGUCAGCAGUAUUGAGGAGGAUGUGACAGUUGAGUAUGGAGCUGAUAUUCAUUCCAAGGAGUUUGGCAGUGGCUUUCCUGUGAGCAAUGGCAAAUGGAAUCUGUCCCCUGAGGAGAAGGAAUAUGCAAAUAGUGGUUGGAAUCUGAAUGUGAUGCCAGUUCUGGAUCAGUCUGUUCUCUGCCACAUCAAUGCAGACAUCUCAGGCAUGAAGGUGCCCUGGCUCUACGUAGGCAUGGUUUUCUCAGCAUUUUGUUGGCAUAUUGAGGAUCACUGGAGUUACUCCAUUAACUAUUUGCACUGGGGUGAGCCAAAGACCUGGUAUGGGGUACCCUCACUAGCAGCAGAACAUUUGGAGGAAGUGAUGAAGAGGCUGACACCUGAACUGUUUGAUAGCCAGCCUGACCUCUUACACCAGCUUGUAACCCUCAUGAAUCCUAACACCCUCAUGUCCCAUGGUGUGCCAGUUGUUCGCACAAACCAGUGUGCAGGUGAAUUUGUCAUCACUUUCCCUCGUGCUUACCACAGUGGAUUUAAUCAAGGCUAUAACUUUGCUGAGGCUGUCAAUUUUUGCACUGCUGACUGGCUACCUGCUGGACGCCAGUGCAUUGAACACUACCGCCGCCUCCGGCGUUACUGUGUUUUCUCCCAUGAGGAGCUUAUCUGCAAGAUGGCUGCCUUCCCAGAGAAAUUGGAUCUGAAUCUAGCAGUGGCUGUGCACAAAGAGAUGUUCAUUAUGGUUCAGGAGGAGCGACGUCUGCGAAAGGCCCUGUUGGAGAAGGGUGUCACAGAGGCUGAGCGAGAGGCUUUCGAGCUGCUUCCAGAUGAUGAACGCCAAUGCAUCAAGUGCAAGACCACGUGCUUCCUAUCAGCCUUGGCCUGCUAUGACUGCCCAGAUGGUCUUGUCUGCCUUUCUCAUAUUAAUGACCUCUGCAAAUGCUCGAGUAGCCGGCAAUACCUACGGUAUCGGUACACUUUGGAUGAGCUCCCCACUAUGUUGCAUAAACUAAAGAUUCGAGCUGAGUCUUUUGACACCUGGGCUAACAAAGUGCGAGUGGCCUUGGAAGUGGAGGAUGGCCGGAAACGCAGCUUUGAAGAGCUACAAGCACUGGAGUCUGAAGCUCAUGAAAGGAGGUUUCCUAAUACUGAGCUGCUUCAGCAAUUGAAAAACUGCCUGAGUGAGGCAGAGGCUUGUAUUUCCCAAGUGCUGGGACUGGUCAGUGGUCAAGUGGCCAGGAUGGAAUCCACACAAAUGACCGUGACUGACCUGCGGAUUCUUCUGGAACAGAUGGGUAGCCUGCCCUGUGCCAUGCAUCAGAUUGGGAAUGUCAAGGAUGUCCUGGAACAGGUGGAGGCCUACCAAGCUGAGGCCCGUGAGGCUCUGGCUUCAGUGCCCUCUAGUCUAGGGCAAUUACAGUCCCUUCUGAAAAGGGGGCAGCACCUGGGUGUGGUGGUUCCUGAGGCCCAUCAGCUCCAGCAACAGGUGGAGCAGGUGCAAUGGCUAGAGGAAGUGAAGCAGGCACUGGCUCCAUCAGCCCAAAGGGGCUCUUUAGUCAUCAUGCAGGGGCUGUUGGUUAUGGGUGCCAAGAUAGCCUCUAGCCCAUCUGUGGACAAGGCCCGAGCUGAGCUGCAAGAACUGCUGACCAUUGCCGAGCGCUGGGAAGAAAAAGCUCAUUAUUGCUUGGAGGCCAGGCAGAAACAUCCACCAGGUACUUUGGAAGCCAUAAUACGUGAAACAGAAAACAUUCCUGUUCACCUGCCUAACAUCCAGGCACUCAAAGAAGUUCUUAAGAAGGCACAGGCUUGGAUUGCUGAUGUGGUUGAGAUUCAAAACGGUGACCACUACCCUUGUUUGGAUGACUUGGAGGGCCUGGUGGCUGUGGGUCGAGACCUACCUGUUGGGUUGGAGGAGCUAAGACAUCUAGAAGUGCAGGUACUCACAGCACAUUCCUGGCGGGAGAAAGCUUCCAAGACCUUCCUCAAGAAGAAUUCUUGCUACACACUAUUAGAGGUUCUAUGUCCAUGUGCGGACGCCGGCUCAGAUAGCAUUAAGCGCAGUCGGUGGAUGAAGAAGGAGCUGGGGUUGUAUAGAUCUGAUCCAGAGCUGCUGGGGCUGUCUGCACAGGACCUCAGAGACCCAGGCUCUGUGAUCGUGGCCUUCAAGGAGGGAGAACAGAAGGAGAAGGAGGGUAUCAUGCAGCUACGUCAUAGCAAUUCAGCCAAGCCCAGUCCACUGGCAUCAUCAACUACAGCCUCUUCUGCAACCUCUAUCUGUGUGUGUGGACAGGUGCCAGCAGGGGUGGGAGCUCUGCAGUGUGACCUGUGUCAGGACUGGUUCCAUGGGCGGUGUGUGUCGGUGCCCCGCCUUCUUAGCUCUCCAAGCCCCAAUCCCAACUCGUCUCCCCUUCUGGCCUGGUGGGAGUGGGACACAAAAUUUCUGUGUCCACUGUGUAUGCGCUCACGGCGCCCACGCCUAGAAACCAUCCUAGCACUGCUGGUAGCCCUUCAAAGACUGCCUGUGCGGCUCCCUGAGGGCGAAGCCCUGCAGUGUCUCACAGAGAGGGCCAUUGGCUGGCAAGGCCGUGCCAGACAGGCUCUAGCCUCUGAGGAUGUCACUGCUCUGUUGAGACGUCUGGCUGAGCUUCGCCAACAGCUACAGGCAGAAGCCAGGCCCAAGGAGGCCCCUGCAUACACUUCAGCCAUUCUGACCCCCUCUGACCCUCUCAGAGAAGGCAGUGGCAACAUUUCUAAGGACCAAAGGUUGUUGGAGAAUAGAGACAGCAAGAAGAGUCCUAGGAAGAAACCUGCAGGGGAGGGUUCAAGUAAAAAAGAUCUGGAGCUGCUGUCCUCACUGUUGCCGCAGUUGACUGGCCCUGUGUUAGAGCUGCCUGAGGCAACCAGGGCCCCGCUGGAGGAGCUCAUGAUGGAGGGGGACCUGCUUGAGGUGACUCUAGAUGAAAAUCAUAGCAUUUGGCAGCUGUUGCAGGCUGGGCAGCCUCCAGACCUAGAAAGGAUCCGCACACUUCUAGAAUUGGAGAACCCUGAGAAUCAAGGGACUCGGACAAGCAACCAGGCACUGGAGAGGCGACGGCGGCGACGGAAAGUGGAUCAGGGUAGGAAGACUACAAAUUUUAUUCAAGAAGAGCUGGAAUCAAAAAGGUCCCGGAGGUCAGGGAUUAACCCGGUGGAGGGCCAAGAGAAAGAACAGUUUGAGGGGGAAGUAGAACAUGAAAAGAUGUUCCUCAAACAAACCACAGAUCAUAGCUCCAUGUUAAAAGGGAACCAGAAUACCUUACAACAGAAGGAUUUAGCCCCCUCCUCUGCUUUUCCUUCUUUAAUGCCUUUCCUACAUGUCUCCUACCCUCUUCAAGAAUUGUGAUAGCUGCACAAAAGCUGUUUUAUUAUGGUGGUGAUUUUUGUUGUUGUUGCUUUUGCUUUGCUUUUAAUAUCACUGUCUCCUAGCCAGGACUGAAGAAAGAGUUUGGUUGCUGUCUAGAGUUUGUCAUUUCAGGGUUUUUUUUUUUUUGAUAGCCUUAUCCCUUGGUUUCUGAAGACUAUGCCCUGUGUGCCUCAUCUCUGAAGUCUUUUGUUAGCAGCAUUUCUGGGACUAAUAUGCGGAAGUGAUUUUCAAAGCCAGUUUUAUUCUUGUUUGGAUAGAGGCAGAUAAACUUGAGAAAGGCUAAGUAUAUCACUCUAUUUCAUAUUUUUUUCACCUUUGUUUAUAUACUUUCUUCUUGUUCUUGCCUCUUAUAAAAUAUUUUAGUGCUUCAAGACUUCUAUUUUCAUUCUGCCUUCUUUUAUUUUCUCCCUUUGGUUCACAUUGUAAAAGAAGACAUUGGGUAUGACAUUUGUUAUGACCAAAAAGAAUAGAGUAAAACAAAUUCUUUGUUCCAGUUGCUGUCUUUUUUUAAUUUGAUUCUUUUGUUAGAAAUAAAACAAUGUGUUUUGAGACUGUG